AAACGUUAUUAUCAAUAAUAAUUAGAUAUUUUUUCUGACUUUUCUUUUUUCAAAAAAAAAAAAGAAAAAGAAAAAUUCUAGAAUCCCCUGUCAUUUUGUCUUAGUAUACCAAUCAUAUAACCGGUUUCAACUUUCAAUUCAAAGGAAUAGGUUGGGAGAGAGAUAUUUUAGAGUUAGAAGCUUCGAGAAGUGGUUUUCACGCCAAUAAGGCUCACUUGCCAUUGCAAUUUGCCGACACAUCACAAGUUACUGAAUUCAAUUGCGAUACACAAUCCCUCCUCACCACUCGCCCUUUUUUUUUUGUUGUCUUCUUCCUGCAAGACUCCACGUGUCAAAAACAUGGACAUGACAAGCAUAAAAUCUCCCCCAAGAUGCUCAUUGACAAUUAUUUAGGACAUUACGUCGUGGUUUUCUUUUAAUUUGGUUACUGUUGAAAUUGUAUAGACAUACUUGCAUAUAACGAUCUCCCCUGUUUUAUUCUCUGUAAAUUUUAUAACUUGGGAACCUAGACACCCAUGGCUACUGUUUCUCAAUUGAACAACUUUCCAUGCAAGACCUUCUUAAUAACCCCACAAAACAGUAACUUUACCUCAAAGCUUCCGGUUCUGCCUCUAAACUCUACAAAACCAACUCAGAAUUCGAUCAAGAAAUCUCAAUUUUUGACCCAGAAAUCAGUCCAGCCAAGGCCUGUUUUCCAGAUCCGUGCUUCGGACGCCGACGAUGAAUGGGGCCCAGACAAGGAGGAGCCAGUUGUAAUCGAGAGUCCUGGAGUGGCCGUGGCGGAAGAGAAGAAGCCUGACGAUGCGGGGGAAAUAGAGAGCUUGAAGAAAGCUUUGGUGGAUUCGUUUUAUGGGACGGAUCGUGGCUUGAAAGCUAGCAGUGAGACCAGAGCUGAGAUUGUUGAGCUUAUAACUCAGCUCGAGGCCAAGAACCCGACUCCAGCACCAACUGAGGCUUUGCCUCUUCUCAAUGGCAAAUGGAUUCUCAAGUACACAUCAUUCCCGGGUCUGUUUCCACUGUUGUCAAGGGGUCAAUUUCCAUUAGUUAAGGUGGAGGAAAUAUCACAGACCAUUGAUGCCGAAAGUCUCACUGUGCAGAACUCUGUUCAGUUCGCUGGACCAUUGGCCUCAAGUUCUAUUAGCACCAGUGCUAAAUUCGAGGUUCGAAGCCCCAAACGUGUGCAGAUCAAGUUUCAAGAAGGCAUAAUUGGAACUCCCCAGCUGACAGACUCCAUAGUGUUACCAGAAAAUGUGGAAUUUCUAGGACAAAAAAUUGAUCUCACUCCUAUUAAGGGCUUGCUGACCUCUGUGCAAGACACAGCUUCAUCUGUUGCAAAGACCAUUUCCAGCCAACCGCCAUUGAAGAUCCCAUUAUCAAACAGCAAUGCUGAAUCAUGGUUGCUUACAACAUACCUUGACGAUGAACUGCGGAUUUCAAGGGGAGAUGCUGGGAGUGUGUUUGUGCUCGUCAAGGAGGGCAGCGCUCUCUUGAACUAAACUCUGGGUUCCGGUUCUUCUUCUUCCUCAGCUAUUUAUUAGAGUUAUCUGUUGUCUUGGUUUUUAUUAAGACAGAAUGUAAGAACUAUACACUUAUAUGGGCAAUACAUGGUCAUGGACUCUAUUUGUUGUAACACUUGGUUCCAACUUGCUGUCUCAAGCAAGCAAGAGUUGGUAUAUACUACUUGAAACAUUUAUACAUAUCAUUUAUAUAUAUGCCUAUACAUGUAUCUUCGACCAAA